CUGAAAGGACCUAAAUCAUUUAAGACUCUUGAAACAGUGGACGGUACACAGCACGAGACGUUCAAAAACGCAUGCGUAGCACUUCAUUUGAUUGACGAUGGGGAGGAAUGGACAAAGUGUUUCAGCGAAGCGGCACAACUUACGACUAGUGGGUUAUUA